AAGCGUACUCGUCGGAUUCAGUAGAUUAAAAGAUGCCUAAGGCUACCAAUGGUAAAAAGCGAAAGAGAGAUAAGAAAAAGGAUGAAGAGCGCAACGCGAAGAAAGCAAAAUCAAAUGACGACGGUGGAGUCAAACAAAGCGAUGUUGAACUGGAAGGAGAAGGUUAUGGCUCUGAAAAGCCUUGUGAAAAAGAAUCAGAAAUUGAUGAUAUUGAUGAAAUUUUGGAGGAGAAUGCAGCAAGGAACAACUUAACGGCAAUUAAUGUCAGAAGCAUUCUACAUGUAAGCUCUGAUUAUUAAUUUGUUGUGUACACGUGUGUCGUUGAUCAUGUAGCUACUUGUACUAGUACUUUGAAUGGCGUAACCUAAGUUUGGAACAUUUUGUUGAACAGUUUAACAACGGCUUUUUUUCCAGCGGGCAAUCCCCUCUUGGCCGAGAAGUUUUUCAAGCCUUUCGUCUUUUCGUGUGUAUGUUUUUUUUGUUGCCAUGUGAUCAUGUGUGAACUGCUGGUGCAUUUAUGCUUACAAUAAUUGUAGCCUUAGGUUUACUGUAAUGUACUGAACUCAAAGUAGGUGAAAUACGAUCAUCAGGUGAGUGUAGUCCUCUGUUUCUGACAGUGACCAGGGCAUUUUCGAUAACUUACAAGUGCAGUAGUCAUCUUCAGAGUCUACAGUAAAGACCCCGGGCAUUGCAGCAUUACACAUGGGUUUCAUGCGUGGAAAUCCACCAUAUUGCACGCAAAUUCCAUGAGAAAAACAUGUGUGAAACACCCGUGUAAAGAAAUACACACAAAAAUACGCGAGAAAAUACACGCAAAUUAGGAAAAUCUGCAUGUAAAACUUUACACGCAGAUUAUUGUAAUUUGCAUGUAUUCGGUUUACUCAAGUUCUUACAUCGCUAGCUUAGUGAGUGUAGUUGUACUUGGGCAGGUGGCUUUGUUUUAAUAGCAUAAAGUGAAUCAAACUUUCGAGGCGCAUUCAAAUGUUAGUAUUAUUCUUAUGUUAUCUGGGCUAAAAGUGAUCCAAGUUUUUUUUACACAUUCUUCACUUGAAUCUUCAUUUGUAGGCUUCGCAGAGAUUAUAAAAAGGAUUCAAUUUAAACCAGUUUCAGCUAUCAACUCGCAACUACAUGUAUUUUGAUGGACCAACUACUCUGUAAUGUGACGCUGUUAUCUACAUCUCUGUUUUGGUGAUCACGGUCCCUUCUACAUGUAUUUUGUUUAUUUUGGCAAUGAUUUAAAUUUCUUUUAGCUUGCCACACCAGCGUCAGUCAGUCAUGUCGUCCAUGUAUUUUUAAGCAAAUAACCAGGGGUUACUGCAAGAACUAAUUUUAGUUCCCGGGUUUUAGUUUUACCUGGUAAGGAAAGGUGGUCUUCAAUUACACUACAUGUAAAUUUGGAGUGAAAUUGUAUCCAAGUUUAGUAAUAACGCAUUGUAAUUUUUAAACAACAACUAAGGGCAUAUCGUGAAGCUAAUUCAAUGUUAGAAUAAAGACAGAUGUAAAAGAGAAACCGGUGAGCUCUGUAAAAUUUAGUGACAUUAAAAUGACAUUACGAGUCUUCAUAGCGAAUAACGCGUAGCUUAAACGGUAGGCUACUAAUAACAUCACGAUUUAAUUGACCUUUCAGGUGAACCACCAGAGUUUAAUACCAUCAACUGACAUGAUACAACUCACUUUGACUCUGAAGGUGACUACUACACAGGUUGUCGAAAUGUCAAUCACUGUCAACAACAACAGUUCUCUUCAGGACUAUGUUCACCUGCAGACGGUCCUACUCAAUCCUCUUGUGAAAUGACUGUUGUGUUUAAACCUUUCCCGGACAAUUUAUUGUUUAUGUAUUUUUAAUGAAUUCUUUCCUCUUUGUCUGCUAUAGCAUGUUGUAACUGACAAGAGGGUCCUUGCCAUGGUGAAGAGUGCAGCUGCUGAAGCUGAUGAUGAGCAAGGUGAUGAUACUGCUGGUGUUGAUCAGGAUGUGGGACUAGACUUUGUAAGUUACUGUUAUUUCAUUGGAAAUAAAACCCAGGUACAACUGUAAUGUGACUGAUGGGCAACAACAAUUGUACAUGUACAAAACUGUACAUGUAACAUUCAGAGAGCAGUGAAAAUAAUGUGGUAAUACAUGGCAGCUUCACAAGGGACAUUAUUAUAUUGUACGUGUGCACUGUACAUUUUUUGUUAAGAAUAUGGUUAAAUUGUUGUAAAUUAUUUAACAAAAUUAAAAAAAGAGUUACAGUAUACAUCGCCCUUGUGAAGCUGCCAUGUUUUUUUUACCAUUUUUUUUAUUUUGUUCUAAGUGUUCUAAACAUUUUGGGAUUGGUUACUUAGAAGUUAAGAUGUACUUUUUUUUUUCAUUCAUUCAUUCAUAGUUUAUUUGGUAAAGCAGGUUAAGUUAAAAGGCAGCUAAAGCUGAUGUGGACCUGCUGAUAAACUAUCUAUUGAUGAUAUACUUACAUGUAAGCAGUAUGUGAAGCAGUGGUCAGUUCGAAAGCCAUGCUCUUCUGACCACUGUACACUUCUCUCCAAGCCAGUUACCGUAUUUAUUCGACUAUAAGCCGAGCGAUUUUUACACAAAUUAAAACUGAAGUGAAUUAAAAUUUGGGCUCUAGAGGGGGUCUCGGCUUAUAGCCGAAAGUUUUUGAAAAAAAAUUUUUUCCGGCGCAUGGAAACUCUACUAAAUCGAGAUGUAUUUACGUAUAAGCCGAGCUAAAGUAAAGAAACACAAUAUGCAAUCGUUGGUUAUUAACUUUUAAGAAUGUGGUGGCUCCUAAAGGAGCCGUUUGUUAAAUUUAAUGUGUUUUCACAGAAAAGAUAAAGAUUCUUGAUAGGGAAUAACCGUGACACUGACGGGAUGUGAUUACAAAUCGAUGGAAUUUGACUGUUUGCUGCUCCAAAUCUUCAGGGAGACGCUGAGCGAGUGUUGUUUUGGUGCGAAGGCUGACGGAAUGGCGGCGCUUCCAUUUCUGGUACCAGCCGAGGGACGCUUUAAACUCGGGAUCCUCGCAGAAUUCCUUUGCCUUUAGACGUAGCAUCAAUCCGCUAACAGCUAUUCCUAUGCAAAACGAAGUGAGAACUCACAGAAGGUUACGAAACGAUCGAAAGGUUAAAAAUUGGACACGUCUUGAAUUUGUUUUGACAUUUGUGAAAACUGGCCAAUGAGAGUCUUUCAUACACAAUGUUGUGACACGAUACUACGAUAGUUUUGAGAGUCACACAUUCAACAACACAUACUCACUCUGCAAUCAGCUGAUUGAUUUAUUUCGUGAUCUUGUUUCUGUUGUUUUAAGAUACAAAAUCAAUGCUCGACAAAAAACUUACCUUGGGUUCUCUGCUCUGUAAACCAUUCCAGUAUUCUUUGAUCGAGCUCCGGAUAUUCGGCGUGAAGCAUCCCAUCGUCUUCCGUUUCGCUAAUAAUUUAAUCUCGCCGUUAUAAAGGUUCGCUUGAUCUUUCCUCCAGGGACGGACCAUGGACUCACUGAUGCCAUAUUCUCUGGCGAUUUCAGAGUUAUUUUCAACAGCUUCUGCUUCGGCGACUAUUGUAAGUUUAAGCGCGAGGUUGUAUGACGUGCAACGAGCUUUGGGCAUGAUGACAACUUGACUUGAAAUAAACGAUUGCAAACACGAGAUUGUUUGAUAGACGCUACGGAUGUCUAGGUACUGGUGAUGCCGCUUAACAACACAGUUAGUUUUAAAUUCAUUUUUUGGAUCACAUUAAUUCAUCUGAGUUAUGAUUCAUUGCUUUUCAAUUGAAUAGUUACUUACGGUUAAUACUAAUAGUAUUUAUUAAUUCGCGUGUGCUUUCUAAGAGGGAAGCUGUUUGCAUAAUAAAUCAUCAUUACAUCUCUUGUAUACGCGCGUGUGUGUUAUCGUCUAAGCCUCAUUUAUGAUAAUCAAUGUGAUUUUUUCCGAAAAUGUUAGGUUUUCCCGUAGUUACCAAUUCAGUCUUGUAAUAAUGAAUGGGUCUCGGCUUAUAGCCGGGUGUUUUCGAUUUAUUUUUGGUUCUCGUUAUGCCGAGUCUACACGUUCAAAGUUUGGGGUCUCGGCUUAUAGCCGAGAUCGGCUUAUAGUCGAAUAAAUACGGUAAUUCUAUCUUUUCUUCUCUUUUGUGUUAUUAUUUAUUCCUAUGUUACUCUCUGGUCAGUGUAAUUAUUGUAGUAGUAUCACUAAAAAACUGAAACCCCUUAGUUCUAAAGGUUACACUGUACAAGUACAUAUUGCAUGUACAGUCUGUUCAUGUAAUAAUCAUUAUUUUACAAAAGAAUUGAGAAAACAUAUAUAGGCCAAAAAUUGAAUUAUUUUAGAAAUGUUCUCUUUAGGUUAUAAUCUAACAUACUUUGUGCAGCACAUCUUUCUAUCUCAGUGACCUUUGUGUUGUGUACAGUUGUUCCUGUGUUGUGUAGGUUUUUAUUUUAAAUAUACAGUGUGCAUGUCAAAAAAAGUGCAUUUUGCUUGAUUCAUUGUUAUCAAAUAUGUAAAAAUGUAAAAAGUGCUAAAAAAAUUUUUAUAAAGUCAAAAAACAAUGGAAAUAAAACAAUGUUAACAAGAACUACUCUAAACAAAUAAUUUGGCGCGAAUUGAAUCGCACUGUUUGUUAAGUGUCGGUUUCAGUUCUUGGAUAAAAAACAUUUCAAAAAUAAGGCAGUCAAAUUUGUUCUGACACUUUCUUAAGAUUCUAAAACUUUGUGCGAUGUCUUCAGGCUCCAUAUCAUGCUGCUCUCUGAGGUGGUUUCCGAUUACCCGAUCCUUUGUGUUCUUCAAUUCGUUGGUGUAGGUGUGUCGCACGUGUAGCCGACAUAACCUGCAUCACACAGGCUACACUGGAAAGAAUACACCACGCAUUGUUGACUCACAAGGCGGCUUGUCUUCCUUGACCUUAAUUUCAUCUUUGAUCUUCCUACUUGUGUAAACUGGGCUGAUGUCUGCGUUGAUCUUCCUACUCAGGUCAGCCAGCUGUUUCGUACUACGUUGCUGAUUUCUGGUCUUUGAAGGGCAACACGAUUCUGAUUGGGGCUUCUCUUUUUAUCAGCCACUUGGGUGUGUGAAUCCUCGGACACUUUGGAUUCAAUGAAUUGGCGAAUGGUUGACUGCACAAGGUCGUCUGGAUAGCGCGGUCGGGGAAAGAUCUCUUUAAAGGCGUUCACAUUCCUCGUGAAAAAACUUCCACGUGAGCGAGAGUUUAAAUGCGGUUAAGCAUGGUGUUCAGGAGUGACCGUUUGUAUCUGGCAUCAACGUGACUGUGGUAGUGUAGUAGAAGUCCAGUGUCCAUUGGUUUUCUGUAAACCGUGGUGUCUGGCGGCAACCAUUCCUGAUAACAUUCAUUCCGAGAAAGGGAAGCUUGCCAUUUUUUCUUGAGCUCCAUUGUAAAAUUGAUAGAGGAUGACUCUCGUUUAGUGUCGUCAGGAAUUCUGAGGCUGCUGUCAGAUCCGGCAUUCGCUAAGUGUAUCAUCUACAUAGCGCUUGUAGAAGGUAGGCAACUUGUUCUCUGUUUCCAGCUGUUUCUCGAUUUUGCACAUAGUGUUAAGCCCUCCUGUUCUUUGACCUCCAUAAUGGGUGGUUAUCAGUCAUUCAAACUGGCCUUUAUCUCUCAAAAGCUUGAAUUCAAGGUUUAUAGGAAAAAUAGUUCUAUGCAAAAGUACAUUGUCCUUAUUAUGUACAUGUAUAUCUUUUCAGAAGUGUAUGGGGUGGUGAAUUGUGUGUGGUUCAUUGAGACCUUAACACCAUAUACUCCCUGUAGAAAACUUGUUAUAUAGCUUUUCUAUGAAAUACACCUGUAUGUGAUAUCUUUAUUUACAAGGCACCAAAAAUGACCAGAGCCAAGAGCAAGCAGACAAAUCAAGGAGAUCCUAUUGCUGCUUUGGUAAGAAAAAAAUCUACUGUACAACUUACAUGUACAUAAUAUUAUUCAGUCAAGAUUUCAUUUGUCUUCAGUUUGACCGUAUUUUUCCCUUUGAAGCGAGCUUAUACCAUCAGUAUUUAGUAUUGUUUAUUUUUUCAGGCAUCCCAGUCGCCGAUAAAAGACUUGAAAGCCAAGCAAACUUCAAAAAAUAAGGUAUGAAAUGUUAGUGUUUAAGACUUGUCAUUAGAACUGGGAUCAAUUUAGGUUUCUGGGAAACUGCCCACCUAUCCCUCCCCUAAGCCAACAUUUUGCCCUAAGUGAGAACUUAGUGAUAAUGUUGGCUUAAGGGAGGGGUAGGUGGGCAGUUUCUCAGAAACCUAAAUUGAUCCUAGAACUGCAUAAGGGACAGUGUAUUGAGGUUCAUGGUUGGAAGUAGUCAUGAUCAUCCUCAGGAAAAUUUUGUAUUCCUUCUCAAUAUUGGUACAUGAAUAUUUUUGGCUUAAAGGAAUGUGUAAAGAGUUGGUGUAAGUGUCAUCUCAGAAUUACUUUGACAUUGUUGUUGAGUUUUGACCACCUUUCAAAUUCUCCAUACAGUAAUUCAAGGAGUAGACUACAUUUGUAUUUAUUUAAUAAUACUCUACUUCUUGAGUUGGUGCUUUUUAAAAGAAUAAAUAAUAACAGUUAUUAUUUAUUCUUUUAAAAAGCACCAACUCAAGAAGUAGAGUAUUAUUAAAUAAAUACAAAUGUAGUCUACUCCUUGAAUUACUGCAUGGAGAAUUUGAAAGGUGGUCAAAACUCAACAACAAUGUCAAAGUAAUUCUGAGAUGACACUUUACACCAACUCUUUACACAGUCCUGGUCACCUGCAUUCAUGCUUUAAAGCUCUGAACUGCAUGUCAAAGUGCAAUUUGCAGCUUUAUAAAGCAAAAACUGCUUCAGAUGAUCCCCUUGUCUGUUGGUUAUAAAACUUAUAAUAAAAAAGUUUUGGUUUUUACAUGACUCAAACAAAUCUCACUGUGACUGGUAUAUUGUUGCCUCGUAGAAGAUUCACUUUACAGAGUUGGAGCUCCCAGAAUCAUCCUCUGAUGAAGAAUACAAUCCAGAUGAUGAGGUAAGUCACUUGGUCUGUCUAGGAUUUAGACCGUUUGGUCUAUCAUUUUCCAGAAGUGCCUUGUGCACAGCUGUAUCAUGCUGGCUUUCACCCACAAUGACAUUAGGCAAACACUGGCCUUACACACUCUAAUAUUUUUAUGUCCCUAAUAUCAUGAGUGACAAAUUACUCCUUAAUUUUAGCACGAAAUUUCCAGCAUUAAUAAUCCUUAUAUUAUACAAUACAAGAACUUAAUUAUUAUCUCUCCUGAAGGGGCUAUUCUGAGAUAAUUUACAAUUGAAGGAAUAAUAAGUAUGUGUAAUCAAAUGGUGACAAGUGAAAUUAUUACUAUUAAUAUCAUGGCUGACGAAUUAUGUUAGCAAUCUUGGAUUUUUGACAUGUUUAUCCUGGAUCGUAUCAAUCGAGAACUCCACUCUCUCGAACUUUUAUAGCUUAAAUAUGACUCAAAUUUAGAAUUUUUCUGCAAAAUACCUGUUAGAAUCCUUCUUGAUGUGCUCUUUGGUGAGUUCAGGUUUUCUAAAGCGACUUUAUAUGCCCUGGCAUCUUCAUUCAUGUCAUUUUAAAACUUCGUCGCCAUCUUGACACUGAGACGUACAGAAGGUUGCCAUGGCAAUUUUGUAAUUUCACAUGUGAAAUUACAAAUUAUCGCUGAAAUUUCACGCCAAAAUUAAGGAGUAAUUCGUCACCUAUUAUAUUAGAAUUAUUAUUCCUUUGUAAAUUAUUAUUAUUUUCAGAACAGCCCCUUCAGGAGAUUUUUUUAGGAUGCUUUUAUAAAACCUAAGUAAUUUACUUUACUUAGGUUUUGCGCUUUAGAAAACCCUUAACACACGAUAGAGCACAUGCAGAAUGAUUCUAUUAGGUAUUUUGUCGAAAAAUUCUGAAAAAUUCUGAACUUAAGCCAAAAUUUAAGCUGUAAAGUUCUCACUGCGUAGAGUUCUUAAUCAAUAAUCAAUAUGAUAAACGUGUCAAAAAUCUAUGAUUCUGACCGUAUGUAGGUAAUCAAAAACAAUGGUUUACUUGUGAAAUUAAGUAAUGUUAAAUUUCACUUUUGUUUUGUUCAAAUCCUUUUAGACAAAAUGCCAAGAAAUCAUUCCUGCCUAAUUUCAGUCCUGACCAUUAAUGUUUUGAUUACACAUACUUGUAGAAUUUUUGACAUAAGCACAUGGCCUUGACAAAGUCUAUUAUUAUUUACAGUUCUGGGGUAGUUAAUGUAAUCCUGUUAGAAUUUGAGAAUAGAAAUCUGUGAUGUGGAAUUCUAUUAUGGUGUUGUGAGUUUUAAUUUGACAUUAUAGUCAGGUAUUUUGAAUGAGGUGCAUCUGUGCAUACAGCUGUAAACUACAUUAUUUUAUGCUAAAACCUUUGUGAAGCACUCUGAAACUUACAGCCCAUAAAAAGUUGGUUUAACCGUGUCAUAUGUCCUUUUUUUCAGGAUGCAAGUGAUGAUGAUACAGAAAGUUUUCUAUCAUUUUCAAGGUUUAACUGAUGUUUUGUUUUGUUCAAGCAAAAACUGAAUUAAAGUACAGUCUGUACUUGUCCAAGUACUUUUUGCCAUUUUUGGGUUUGAGUUUUUCAUAUUUUAAUACAAUUUUCUGUUAAUGAUGUGGAAAAACUUAGGGAUACUAUUUUUAGGGCUUGUACUUUAAAAUUAACAAUUUGGUGUGGUUUUAAAUAUUUUGGUUAACUCUAGAGUAAAAUUAUCAUGUACAAAAUUCUCUCCCAGCAUCCAGCUGAAAAAUUUAAUAUUGGAAAAGACUUAAGAAAGUACUAAAAUUGAAAAUUAAUGUCAUAGAAUGCAAUGUUACAUACUAUAAAACCAUUUUUUUUAAAUCAAAAUUUCCUUUUCUGAAUGAAUCUUCUUUUUUUAUUGCAGUGACCUGGCAUCUCCAGCACAUAUGCCUGGUACACCGGAAAGUCAUAAAACAGAGAUUACAGAGUCUGGAGAGCCAACUGAAUCAACUAAAUCACCAACAGGUACAUACACAUGUGUACAUAUAUUAUGCCCAUGAUUGUACAGUUUAUCUUUCAUUUUUAAUUCAAAUAUCAAUUUUGAAAAGUAUACAAUGUAUACUAAUAUUCAAUGCACAGGGUGCAAAGAAAAUCAUUUUUACAGCUUGCCAUUCGGGCAAGCUGAAGCUGGCAUUUACUAGCCCAGACGUCAUUAUAACUAGCCCCAAAAACGUUUUGUUCUUCUGUUAUUCAAACUCCUCUUAAAACAUCACUUGCCCAUCGGGCAAGUUAAAAACAGAAUUCACUAGCUUGAUAGCAAAAUCCUCUAGCCCCGGGCUAUCGGACACUACUUUCUUUGCACGCUGAAUGCAUGUACAUUUAUUGCAAUCAUAUAACAUGGUAGUUCUAACAUUAUGCAUUAUGUGUGAGUGAAUAAUUUUUUCUCAUCCCUGCUAAUGGACUCAUUCCAGCAGAGACCUUCCACUGCUACCCUUUUCAAACAUUGCAUUUAUAAUUGAACUGGCUGGGAAAUGUAUUAUUAAUAUAUCGUACAUUGUGUCUGGGGGCUUAGGUAUUAAGCUUUCACGUACAGUGUAGGUCUUGCAUGCCUCCAAAAAAAUUAAAAUGUUCUGGUGACCAACAUUAUUUUAAUGUCUGUUUUCCAAUCCAGCCUAUUAAUGCUCUGUGUGCAGUUGCAAGCUAAAGAAUUAGAUGACAGAAAAUAUAAUGUUUGGAAACUGACUUACUGAGAUUCUCAAAAAUGUUAAAUUACAGUUAUUUUACCUUUGCCAUAACAAAUUAUUUUAUGUGUUUUGAUUGAAUUCUUUUAGUGACUAGAUCAUGUAGCAAGAGGCUUUUGCAGGAGCCAUUUAAAGUACCUUAUCCAGUAACGUUAACUGCACCAGCACCUUUUGAACUAGAAGAGGUACGUGUGACCGUCAAAGUUCUGUUUAUAGUGACUAUGUAAUGUAAAAAUUCUAGUGCCAGAAUCUAUUUCAAUCAGUGAUCUUAAUAUAGGAUUACACUUUAGCCUGCAUGUAAGAUUCUGGGAAACUGCCCACCCACCUACCCCUCCCCUAACCCAACAUUUUGACCUAAGAAUGCAGUUAGUGUUUACCUUGGAUUAGGGGAGGGGUAGGUGGGAAGUUUCCCAGUUUCCCAGAAUGUUACAAUGUUAAAAAAAUCUAUUGCUGCUUUGUUCAUGAUGUCCUUAUUUAAAGAAUUAUCAAUUUUUUCUGAGUUUUUGCUUUCAAGAGGUAUAAGGACAGCUAAAUGCCAAAAUUUAUUUGUAAAACUUUUACAAAUUUUAACUUUGAAAAGGCUCUUUGUUUCUGAGACAUGUACAGUAAGCUUGAAUUCCAUGAUGUGGCAUUUAAAUGACUAUCAAGGAAGCUGUGCAGAAGGUUAAAAAGUGAAGUGUCUUUUGAGUUUUUACUAUCUGAACAGACUUUGUCUAAGAAUUACAUGUAGAAGUAUUACUGUAACUUAUCAACCCUAAUCAGUAAGGUUUUGUUGGUUGAUAUAAAGUUUUUGUGAAUCUUGAAUGAUACUCUUAUUACAGUCUGUUCAUUUGCAUAUAAUGUUGAAUCUCUUUUGGGUGGUACAGUAUAUUGUGAGUUUGUUCUUGCAGAUUACUGUUGUGGAAGAAGGUGACUUGAUAGCCAAAAGAACUCGCUCUCAGUUGCCUCUCCAAGAUGUUUCUAUUGAAAGUAUUGAAGGUACAUAUUGUUAACACAACCAAGAACAGAAAGUAUUAAUCUACUGUUGUUAGUGAAUUACAGCAAUGUAAUUAAAUUUGGAUUGCCCCACCCCCCUCUUACAUGUACACCACAAACAGUAUUUGAAGCAUGUUUCAGCAUUGUAUAAGGCAGGGGGGAGAGAGAACUGCGAGGUAUUUUCCAAAAGGUAGCACUGUUUUAUGAAAGCACACAAAAAUAAAUUACUGUCCCUAGGACUUUUGUCCAGGAUUGUAGUACUAGUAAAAAUAUAUGGCAAAGCACCUCAAUAUUAUAAUGAAACCUUGCUAUUGCAAACAUAUUUAGCCAUUCCCUUGGCUCUUUGUUUUAACUAGUUUCCACUGAACAUUCUAUUGGGUUGAACUUUGGAUUUUGGACUUGACUUCAGUUUGAUUUUAGGCAUUAGUUGACAUACACAACAGGAUGGCAAAAGGAAGAGGAUGGCAAAAUGUAUUUGUGUUUUGUUGUGAUCUUUAUAACUGUGUUGAGGCCCCAGUUGUUAAAGAGCUGGAUUAAGCACUAUCCACCAGGGCCCAGUUGUUCGAAAGGUGGAUAAUGCUAUCCAUUGGAUAAAUCUCUAUUCAGUGGAUAAUGCAAUUGAUUUCCCUAAUACCUAUCUCCUGGAGAGCGAUUUAUCCUGUGGAUAGUGCUAUCCAAUGUUUGAGCAAUCAGGGCCAGAUUCAGGGGAUAAGUAUAAGGAACACUAACUUAGUUUGUUAUUGAGUGGAUAGAGAUUUAACUGGUGGAUAGCGAUCAUCCUUUUGAAAAACUGGGGCCUUGUCUUUUAGAUUCUUUUUUUUUAAAGAAUUCAUCUGUUUAAAGGACGGUAAGAUUUGACGGAAAAUUUUUUCAAACGUACUUAAUCAUGACACGCUUGUUACACAAGGUUUGCAAUUGUCUUUCCUCUCCCUUCCUAUUGUGUAAGUCUACUACUCUUAAGGAGUUGAAGGAGUAAUUCUGACCAACACCUUCUGUUUUAUUUAGCCACAUUCCAGCCUCCAGAUUUCACUGCUGAUAUGUAUGAUAGUAUCCCAGUGGAUGAUAUGGACUUUGAAGACAUUGAAUGGCAGAAGUGGCUUCAGGGACUAGUCAACUCAGGUAUAUACCAUGUACAUGUAGGAGAAUCAUUGAUGAUGUGCAAGUUCAGUAUGUUAAAUGCAUUUAUUUUUUAAAGACAAAGUUGGGUUUUUGCCAAAAAAUGAAGAAGGCUAAUGUCCAGCCUUCUUGGCCAAACAAUUCCUCCAGUGGUCAAUUUAUACAAUGUAAAAGAAUCACUUGUAUGGCCAAGCAGAAAGUUCAUAACAAUGUAUGUCUAUUACACUGUUAAUCAAAAGUCUGAUGCAAAAAUUUGGUUACUUUGAAGCACUUUCAAAAAUGUCCAAAUAACCAAGGUGUCAUUCUUGCACUGAGCCCUUCAAUUUCUCUCAUUGGCUAACCAGAUUCACUUCAUAUUGCCUGCUUUUGGAGAAUGCCAACGACCAUCUACAUGUGGAAAGACUUAACAGUUGAUCAUAUAAUAACUAAGUUUGUAUGCCCCUGUGCUUUACGUUUGACAGAGUUUUUGACUUUUUCAUUGCUUGCUAAUGCUCAUCACCAUUAGAGUUGAUCUCUAUGAUAUUAGAACUUUGUGCUAAUAGUUUUUUAUUCUUAAGAUCUCAAUGCUGGCAUACAGUAUUUUUCUCUUUUUGAUUACUGAACAGCUGUGACUACAUGUAUUUUUUUGUACUUGUAGACAUACACAAAGUAGUGUAUGGUUUAGCACAUUUAAUCCAGUUAUUUUUAUUUUUGUUUUACAUGUAGAUGAAGUCUGUGGUGAAGAUGAUCAGGAGGAUACUGAAUACAAUUUCAUGGCUGAAGACCAAAAAGAAGAAAAGGAAGAAUACAGGAAUGACAGAGCUGUUAGAAUUCCACGUAAGUAACUAAUGUGUGACUGUCAAAGAUUCAGGACUCUAGUUUAGUUAAUUGCUGAGGUUUAGUAAUGUCAUAUAAAAUUGCACAAUUUUUUUUGUUCUUGAUUACUGCCAGUAGGCUAUUUCUCCGUCAGUCACGAUAUUGUUAAUGGAGCAUUUAUUUACAAAAUAGCUUCCUGCCAUUUUCUUGCAUAAGACUGGUACACUGUACAUACCAGCCCAAGAGUCAUUUGAACUAGCCUGAAAAAAUUUGUGAUGAGCAGAAUUGAUCGCAGUUUAAUCUGUAAUUUAAAUUCCCCCCAAACACUUCACUUGCCCAUCAUGCAAGUUUACAAUAGAAUUCACUAGCCUGAUAGCAUAAUCCACCAGCCCCAGGCUAUCGGACAUGACUUUCUUUGGUAGCUUUUUCAGUCCCUACAUUUGCGUCAGUCUAUAAAAUGUACACCUCUGUAAAACAGACAUUUGGUUCUGUCCUAUUGGUGUCCAUGAUAACAUUAAAGUGGUCUGAUGAUAUUUGAGAUGCUAUUUGUUUCCUUGUAGAGAAGGAAGUUAAUGAACUGUUUGAGGAAUUACUUAAAGAUGUAAGUGUUACCGGUACAUGAUGUAUUUGUAUAAACUAGGACAACAAUUAUUUGUCUUUUUUAUGAAGGAUUUAACAACGAUGUUACUGUUUAUCAAACACUGUGCAAUACUGAAUUAUUUCAUGAUCCUUACUGAAUUGUGAUUACACAGUUUGAUGACAACGAGGAUGGCUAUUGUGUGACUGAGGAAGGAGAACCAGUGGGGUAUCUGGAGAUGCUCAGUAGCGGGUUGGUGUAUUCUUUUGGUUCCAGUCUUACUACAAUUUUCAGUUUACAUUUGUGCUGGGAAUCAUUUUUCAAUUUUUGUCUACAGUUCUACAUUGGUAUUUUUGUAUUUUGUUAUUUUUCCCAUUCUGUUUUAAUACAAUGAUGUAUCAACAAUGCAUAAAGUAGUACAAAACAUUAAAGAGAGACAUCGAAGAUGUACUGUUUCACUGUUCUGUCAAGCUAUCAAGUCAAUAAAAAAAUAUUGAUAAUUAAUGAAGUAAAUGUUUAAGAAUGAAAAUUUUCGAAAUCACACGUUUCACUUUCGUUUAUUUUUAUUCUUAAAUGUUUCUAUAAAAUUAAAUUGAUCAAAAUAAAUGAUUAUUGUUCUAUCCAUAUGCAGUGUAAAACGUGGUUCAAGAAGUCCUUCCUGAGCACUAUACACUGUAGCUUUGAUUUUUAUUCUCAUGAUUGUUGCAGACUUCUCUACCUUUGCAAUUUACGUCAUGCGUUUUGUUUGUCCCUGUGCGUAGCAGUCCAUACAGUAAAUCUUCAUUUUGGCUGUUUGUGUGCAAUCUUUUUUCUUUAGGACCAGUGGUCAGGAUAAUGUUCAGUUGUUCUCGCAGCAGCAGCUGGACAGAUUAAAUGUACAACUACAACAGGUAGAUGAAGACACCUCGCAUGAGCGGAGCACGCCUCGCCACUUAAGAAACGAGAUGGAGACCGGAGUCGAAAUGCGUUCCGCAAUGUGUUUUGGGAUCGUUACUGGGGACGCGUCGGUCAGCUAUGGGGCAUUUUUCUUCCCUGUCCCUAGCAACAGUCCUUAGUAACAGUCCCUAGUAACAGUCCCAGUCGUCUUUGCGAAAGUCAACUCUCCCCAGCUUCCUUCUCGUUUCUAAAGUGGCGAAACGCAUGCUGCUCAUAGCCAGUUACCUGUCACACACAUGCGUCAUCAUGACGACACAAACUCGGGGAUCAAAUUAGACCUAGAGGAAAUCACAAAAUUAGAAUCGUGGAAAGCUGAAAACAGAUCCCAGAGGUGUGCACAUGAGCGAAGUUAAUCAGGCGUUUUAAUACAACAACAACAUCAGCAACAAUAAAUAGCCAUCUCUACUCCACACUGUUUCUUAUGACCGCUAACACAUGGAGACCUACAUUGUAAGAAAGCGCAAAAUCCAAAUAAGACUCCAGGAAGCGCGAUCAGCGGAGAACCAACACCAGAAAAAAGAUAAUAAACCCAUCGAGUUAGAAAAUCAUGGCGCUUACAGUUAAUGAUGUUUUUUCUUCUUGCCCCUUUCGUCGCGCGUGACUCUCGCUUCGUGCUCUUCUAACGCAGGUUUGAUUCGUGGGUGGUAAAACGCGCAAAGUAGUUUUUCAACUCAUUUUGUAGCAACGUUGCAAAGCAAGUUGCUCGCUUUUGUUGUCCAUCUUUCCGUAGCUUUAUACCAGUUAACAUAUUUAUCAUAAAAAUUGUGUGCUCGUGUGACACCUUGCCUUUCACUCCGAAUUCUAAUCAGAAUUUUCUUUCCAGCACACACAGCUCCUGACACAGAUAUACUUGAUGUCGCGAGAGGAUGACAGCCUGAGCAAAGAAGCAAAGCUGACACGUGACUAUGUCACUGAAUUAAAAGGUUUCCAAGACCGUGCAUGUAAUGCUCAACUCAUAAGAGGACUGGGUGACGGAAAGGUGCAUACGUCAGCAUUUAGCUUCCCAGGGCUUGAGGACGCUGUCGAGUAAGUCCCUUAUGUGAAGAGUUGUGCGCGUCCUCUCGAGGAUGCUGUUGGGUAAGACCCUUAUGUGAAGUGUUGUGCGCGUCCUGUCGAGGAUGCUGCCGAGUAAGUCCCCUACGUGAAGUAAUGUGCGCGUCCCCUCCAGGACGCUGUCGAGUAAGUCCCUUAAGUGUGACAUUUUGUGCGCGUCCUCUGGAGGUUGCUGUCGAGUAAGUCUCUUAUGUGAAGUGUGGUGCGUGCCCUUUUUUAUCAUGGCAUGAUAAGAUCAGUCGUUUGAGCGCUUGGGAUAUCGCGGGUUCGAUUCCUAGGGCUGGAACAAUACUCAGGGUCUUGAAAUAACACUGAGAAGUGAAGGUUUUCUCUUUGCCUUGCAAACGGCUGGACCUUCGUGUGGCUCGAAUGACCGCGUAAAAUGGCGGCCCCGUCUAAAGUAGGAGACGUAAAUAAAUGUUCCCAUUUAGUACUUUCGUGCUAAAUACAGUGACACCGGACUCGAUCGAAUUUAAAAUAAUCUCUGGUUCUUUUCAGAAUUGUUAAUAGCACCUUCGUACCUAAACGAAGAACACCGAGCCCACGAAAAUGCGCCACUCCCAAGAAGGAUAACAAAUCUCCCGCCAAAACAACGAGGCGUUCCAGACGUGUAGAAGAAGAGCUGCUUCCGUCGCCGUCCGACACCAACGUCCAGUUAAUGGCGGCGAACACAAACGUGUUCCGGUUCGUGGAGUUGCUUCCUCUUCAUAAUCUUCUUCCCAGGACGGGCGACACGCCCAAGCAGUUGAACGGGCUGCGGGUCAAAUUCUCGGAUGCUGAAGAUAAUCUGCUGGCGAUGGGAAUGAAGCAACUGGGCAAAAAAUGGGAACUAAUUCAAGAGCAUUUGCUGCCUGUGAAAAGUCCUAAACAGCUACAGAUUCGCUGCAAGAAUCUGCUAUCCGCUCGAGCGCCUGAGAAUGUUGUCAAGUACUAUCGCAGAUAUAAAGAAAUUUGGAUAGAACCCACUAGGGUACAAGUUUCUACAGGUGAUAAUUAACUAAAUGAACAUGGCUCUUGCUCUGAGACCUAUUGAAUUUAGUGAAUGUACAAUUUAUUUUUCAAAUUUCAAUUCAAAGGUCAACAAUGAUCUUCACUGGAGUUAAUUAAUUUUUCUUUUAAAAAGGAAAAAUUCUUUAGUUGUCGAUGACAAACGUGGUAGUUUCGUCGUCGAGGGGGUCAAAGAAGAAAUUGGCCGCCUACUUAAUUUUCUAUGAAUUGUCUAACUUUGUUUGUACUAUGCAGAACAUCGUAUUCGGAGACAGCGAAGCAGACAAUCGUUGGAACCAGAGUGGAUGAAAAAUUACAAAAAGCGAGAGAAGGAACGCCGUGAAAGUCAAGAAAAAGCGAAAACCAAGGUUGUAAAACAGAAAAUAGAAGGUACAGCUUACGGCCGCCCUAUUGCACCCAAAUUUAGUGCCGGAGCAUGCGCCGUGGCUCUACCGACUGGCAGUGGAUCUGCUGGUAAUGCAGGAACAGUCACUUGGGUUGCUAUAACAACUUCUACAAGUCCAUGGAAGGCUGUCGCGCCACCAAAACCAGUUGAAGUGGUUCGCGAAGUGGAUAAUUCGGACACGGUAACAAAUGUGCGGUCAUCUCCCGUUAGCAAGUAAGCUGUUGUCAUGUUUAUUUAGUUUCUUUAUCCCCAGGACUGUCUUGUUACUUUUUUGCCCAAGAAAGUAUUGCGGAGGAUUUUUAACUGUUUUUCUUGGAGUCAAAUGAGACAGAUGUUACAAUCAAACCACUUCAAGGCUACCCCCAUAAACUUUGUUACUGAACUGGUUAAUAUUUAUAAACGAGACGUAGCUGAUUUUUGACAUCAACGUUGGGGUAUUUUGGAACACGAUUUAAACAGUUCACAGUCAGAGCAAAUAUUCUUGUGUUUUUGUCAAUGAGUGCGAGAUAGUUAAUUUUAUUUCCUUUUUUAUUUAAGUGUUCACCUAACCAGUACCAUGACUACGAGAGAGGAUAAUUCACCACCAAGUCUUGCAUCUGCACCCGAACCUGAUUUGGAUACAAACGUUGAUUCCAACCAUUCUUCCGUAAAUGAUGAAACUGUCGCCCCAAUGGACGAAACAUCGGACAGUGAACCGAUUGUUCCUCCUUCUGAAGCUGACUCAAAUUCUUCAAAUGCUGCUACAAAGGAGACUAACAGUGAGCAAGAGAAUGCAUCGAAGGAGGCAACAGAAAAGACAUCAUCAGCGAACACAAGUAACAAACCAGUUCCUGUUUCUAAACCUAAGGCAUCGCGUGACAAGAAUGGGGGUGGCGUGGCAUGUGGUCGCGUGACAUCAAAGUCCCACGUGACUGGGUCUGAGAGCGGAGGUGCCGGCAGUGGGACCUCGCGUAAAGCUGCGCUAAACUCACAGGUUGGAAUGGCGGGAAAUUACAUUCUGGAACCAGACCCUAAGGUAAAUGGCGCUUUCCAUUCAACCGAAACUUUCGAGAAUUUGGAAAUAGCCGCAAAUGGGGAAAAGUUUCCAGAAAAUCCGAUAACUGUUGAAUUUCCGAAAUGCGAACCAUUCAAGCGAAAAUUAUAGAAAUUCCGCGGGCAAAGUUGAGUGGAAAGAAAACUUUCGGAAAAAAUUUUCGAAAAUUUGGGUAUACUCCGCGAGGUUGUCCUCUUUUUUGGAAAUUUUGGAAAAUGCUAUUCCAUUCGCUGCUAGAAGUUGCCGAAAUUUCAAACCAGAUGUUUUAGUUGACUGAAAAGCGCCCAAAGUGUACUGUACUAACGCAACGGUUUUCAAUUUUUCGGUUUUUCUCUUGUUUAUAGUGAACGCAAAUAUAAUAGUAUAUUUCUUGACACUGUGUAACACAGACGAUAAUUGCACGGAGCCCAUUAAAAUGUGCUUUCCUAAAAAUGCUAUAUACGCAUAUAGAAAAUAUCAAAAAAAUGUGGGGUGCAUUCCCGAAGGAAACCGUAAAGCUAUUUCUCAAGUUUCCGGUUUGCCAUUACCUGCUUUCUAUUUUGAUAUUUAUUCUUGUUUUGAUUCUGUCAGUUUAGGAACAGGGCUCAAGCAUUUGCUGAACAUUUCAUAGCCAAGGUUAAGGUGAGGUCCAUCCUUUAGUUUAAUACCCUAUUUUUGGUAAACUUUUGCGGAAUCGGUGACAACAGACCUAAAGGAUGAUUUUUGUAGGCUGCUUUCGCCAUGCCUGCCAUCUUGCACGCACGAAAGGAUUCAAGCGACAAAAGCAAUGUCACGCGGUUUUUCAAGGGGCAACAACUAGUAAAAACGGCCAAUUCAAUAAAUUACAUACUGUAUGCUAAAGCAAAUUGAAGUCAUGCCAAAUAGAGAUUUCGAGUUUCGUCAAAUUCGCGUUACUACUGCUUACUUCAAAUCACUCAUCGAUACUUAGGCGUAUUGAGCGUUUUCACUCACGUGGCCAGCAUCUGUGCAAAUUUAUUGGAACAAAAGAAAGCGUUUACUCAAGAAGGAGUUGAAAUCCCACAAGACUGGAUUGGAACACCAACAUGGCCGCCAUGACGUCAUGUGAAAACGCAGUAUUUCUUCCAUAAUUCUCAGUGGUAUUCGAAGUCUAUUUCGAAGUACGAAGGUUGAAUAAAUUGCGUAAUUCAGCUCCUUUCGGGUGAUGUUACAUGGGAUGAUUCGCAACGACAAUUUUUUGCGCAACACAACGUUGGAGUGUUGGAACAAUGUUGUAACCAUUCGAAACAAUGUCGCAGCGAUGUUGCCACGCUUGCAUUGCGCUAAAAAUCGUCGUUGCGAAUCGUCUCGAAAAACAUCACCCUCAAUGUCAUAUUCUGAAAGCUCGAAGAUAUUAGCUUGUUAGCUACUCUAAAAGUCGAGUAUAAAUAAAGUUUUAUGUUAUGUUUUGUUAUUCUGAGAAAUCUUAAAAGAGUUAAGUAAGGAAGAGUAAGUGUUGUUUUUGCCUUCCUUUUGAUAGAAACAGCUAACGGACGACCCCGAAACUUACGAGGAAUUUCUACGAACGCUGGCAAUGUCUUCCCAGGAGCAGUGCUCCCCAGUAGAGGUAAAUAUUGUUUGGAGACGUUGACCCAGUUGUUCACUUACCCAGAUGCAUGGGUGAGUGAAACCUAAUACUGUCAUGAGUGAAAGUGAAACCUAAUUCUGUCAUUCAUUUCUUGCUGGCGACCGAGAUUCGAAAAGUCAGUCACCAAUCCGUCGACCAAACCCUUUUGAAACGUGUGGUUUAGUAAAUUUUGAAGGCGAAUGAGUUCAGCAGAUGAAAUUUCAGGCAUAAAACUCAAGGAAGUGAAUGCGUAUAAAUUAUUAUUGUAAUGACUCAAUAGCCCACGAUAUAUCAAAAUUGUAACAUGACUCCGAGGCUUUCUGAUCAUUUUUAUUUGGUUUGGUUUUCUUUGUACUCAAGUCUAUUUUGGGAAUUGCGAGACAAUGGAGUCGUGAAAAAUUUGCAGUUUUGAACCUAAAGCCUCGGAGCCACAUGGGCUAUUCUGCAACAAGACGGAAACUGGGACGAGUUAACUUUCGCAAAGACUUCUGGAACUGUUGCUAAGGACAAGGAAAAAAAUUGGCCAAUAGAUGACCGGCGCGUCCCCGGUAACGAGUACAGAAACAAUUGCGAGACACCUUUCGUCUCCGGUUCCCUUCUUGUGAAAGGUUUGAACCCAGGAGUCAUUUCAAAAGUAGGUUGAGUUUGAUCGUCCGGUUGAACGUAGUCCAGAAUAGGACUGUUGUUGUUGGCAGUGACUGACGUUUCGGCGAUCUGUGCGGUAGUCAUCUUCAGAGUCAAAGUGAGUUGUAUCACGCCAGUUAAUGACGAUCACGUAAGUCAGAUUUGUUUCUUAAGUGGUGAAUUACAGCUUAUCUCAAUAUUAUUUUUUUGUAGUUAUACAGAAGGGUUGAAGUUGUACUGGCAGAUUAUCCUGACCUUGUGGAGGGUUUUGUGGGAUUUUUAGAGCCUCACCAGGCAGUUGAAGCGGGCGUGGUAAGUUUUUUACUUUCUUUUGGAUCAAUUUAGGUUUUAUGAAAACUGCCCACCUACCCCUCCCCUAAACCAAUAUUUACGUUAAUGUUAGCUCAGCCAUUUAGUGCGUAGGUGCGAAACACCUAGGCAGAAUCUUUUCUGUAAAUUAAUGUAUCCCGAGCCAACACCACAAUGUUAAAACCGUUCCUUCGUUUUGAUAUUUCAUAGUUUAUGGCAAACUUAGAGUUUGUGAGAGCAAGAACGUUCCUGAGAAAGCUUGAGGUCAGUUAAAAUACCUUUUAUUUGCACUAGUUAGUUUAUUUGUUCGAGAUAAAGCAAUGCAAAAUCUCAAAGAACAUAAGAGAAACAGACGCCUGCAAAGUACAGUUGAAUUUCUUUAGUUCGUUGGCGGCUUUCAAUCCCGGGUUGAACUCAGCAAAGUUUUAUACGGGGGCGGAGGUUCUGCCCCGGGGUCCAACCCCCUUUCCUUUUAUAUACCAUUUUUGAAGGAAAAGGUACCAUUUUCGUAUACCCUCUAUUGACAAAUGGUACCCCUUUCACAUGCCAAGUUUAGAGCUUUGCAUCCCUUUUAACUGCUGUAAAUGCACUGUUUCUUUUAAGUGUCUUAUUUAUAUUUAAAAAUAUAUUAAAUAAAACACAAAACCAGUGCGCUCUUUCACAGACAUACGAUGCAUCUGUCAGCCAUUUUAGGCCUUUUACAGACCAAAAUGUCAUAUUUCCUUACCUUUUCAUAUACUUCAACUACUGAAAUCCCUACCCUUUCUUUAUCUGAAGCCUGAAAAAGAGCCGUUAUAGGCCAUUAUAGGAAGUACCCCCGGGCCUAGAAAUCUAAGGACUUUUCCAUUUAGGAGAACUUUUGAGACUUGCUGACCUUUUCUGAAGUCUCGCGCCGCGGGUAUCGCGCUAAGUUUUUUAAGGUGCAAAGCACAAUUCCCAGAUCUGGAAGUGUCCUGUGAUUGGUUUACGUUUUUACCCGCCCGCUUCAGCAGACGUUCGUUUGGGAGGACUGCGCGACCAGCCCAAAGAACGUCUGCGUCGGGAGGCUACUUAGUGGUUAGUCGGUUUUACAACCUUUAACAGUGCAUGGACUUGAAUUGCCCUUUCAGAGCGCGAAACGUUGGGCUUCUCCUAUAUUUUUGCUACUAGGUUCAUUUCCAACGGACUCCUUCUCAAUUCAGGAAGAUUAUCAACGCGUUUCAUUCUUGGAAUAAGAAAGCAGUCAAAGACCCUCUGGAGGUAUGCGAUGGGCAUUUGACUUUUUGUGUCUGUUUGUUUUUAGGGAAGCCCCAUAGCUAAGAAAAAAUUUGGUAAUCUAUCCAUCCGAAAAUCUUUUGUAAUCACUUGAAUUCGAUCUGGAACGCUUGGACACGUUUCAACGACUUCUUACGAACUCCUAAGAACUCCGUGGGUAAACAAAUUACAAAAAAAAAAAGAAGAAGAAUAUACAAAAACAGUAACUGUUUCCUUCUGGACCGUUUUUGUGUACUGUAUUUUACUGUGUAGCACACCAAUAAACCGUUCAGCUUCUUUUGUGUCACUCCUGUUCUGUUGAUCGCUCAUUGGUUAAACUCUUAAAUGUAUGUAAGUUGGACACUUACGAGUGUAGGAAAAAGCAGCAAUAGACCUUUUUACCGAUACGGCAACCAUGUUGAAUUAAUUCGAUUUAAGGAGUAUUAUAGGAUGCUCAAGGGGCAUGAGCACAUUUCGUUUGUAUUUUCGGGCGCUGUCCGGGACAUUUUUUCUUAAAGUUUUCUUAGAAUAAGAUUGUAAUGGGAAAAAAGAUCCUUGUGCCGUGUUUGGAUGUAAUAAUGAUCGCCUUUUUCUAGUUUAGUAUUAGAAAUAUGGUCUUUCACUGUGUAUUUCUCGGGAAAAAGGCGAUCAUUAUAUACUUCAAAACACGGCACAAGGAUCUUUUUCCCAUUACAAUCUUAUUCUAAUAAAUCUUUACGAAAAAAUGUCCCGAAAAGCGCUCGAAAAUACAAACGAAAUGUGCUCAUGCCCCCUGGGCAUCCUACAAUACUCCUUAAAUCGAAUUAAUUCAAUAUGGCCGUCGUAUCUGUAAAAAGGUCUAUUUCUGAUCCUAUUGUUUAAAUGCAUUAGGAAUAUAGGGCCGAAAUACAUUAGAGACUUUUUUAGCAUGCGAGAAACGUCUUACAAUUUAAGAGGAAAUGGUGUUAAUCCUUGCGUUCCCAAAUUUAAUCUUAAUUUUAUGAUAAGCUCUUUUACUUACAAGUGCGCUCAACUAUGGAAUAAACUUUCAGAUGUCAAGCUGGCCGAUAAUGUUAAUAUUUUUAAGUCUAAGCUAUGAUCAAUUCUGCUGUAGUUUUUAUAUAUUUUUAAUUUUUUUUGUAAUUUUUAUAAUUUUUUAUAUUCACGUGUACAUAGAUUAUAGAUUAUAUAUUUAACUUUUUUUAUACUAGAUAUUAUUAUCAUAAUUGUAGAUUUCAUGCACGUUGGUAUUUUGAACGAGUACUUGUGCUCAUAGACGAUA